AUGAAAAGCACGAGUUAUCACCACAGAAAAAAAUAUAUAACAAAUGAGUACCACGUCAACUAUUUAGCAUCGGAAGAUGGUUUUUUUAAACCAUUUGAAGAUCAAAAGACGGAACGAGUGAUUGAUUUAGAAAGUAAAGUUCGCUUAAGCACUGUGGGGUAUGUGGACGCUCUCCGGACGUGCAACCAAUGCCUGGACUUCUCACGAAUUAAGUCAAAACGCGUCAUCACUUCACCGCCCACCCCGGCACACAAUGACGGGAAGGAUAAUAUUAAGUAUGACUACAUCAUCACAACUGAUGAAGUGAUUGGUACUGGUGUUGUGGGUGUCACCGCGUAUGGGAAACGGCCUAAUUCGCGCUAUCGCAUUUUGUCGAAAUUGGGGGAAGGUGCCUUUGGACAAGUUGUGAAGUGUUACGACGAGGUCAAUAAAGUCUUUGUUGCUGUCAAAAUUCUCAAAAACCGCCCCGCCUAUUACAGACAAGCGAUGCUUGAAAUUGCUAUAUUACAGUUAUUAAGUGAACGCUUUGAUGUCGAGAACACGAGUAACACACUAAGAAUGGUUGACCACUUUGUCUUCCAUCACCACAUUUGCAUUGUAACUGAAUUGCUCUCAAUCAAUUUGUACGAACUGAUGAAACAAAACAAUUGUCGCGCCCUUUUUGUGGGUCUUGCAAGAAACAUUUUGACACAGAUACUCGAAUCUCUCACCGUGUGUUAUAAAAGCGGGAUCAUACACUGCGACUUGAAACCGGAAAACGUGUUGUUAGUAGAUAUGACAAAGAAGAUCAAACUCAUCGAUUUUGGUUCGGCUUGCUUUGAAAAUAGCACUUUAUACAGUUAUAUCCAGUCCAGGCACUACCGAUCACCAGAGGUUAUAUUGGGGUUGCCCUAUUCAACAGCCAUUGAUAUGUGGUCCUUUGGUUGUAUGGCUGCGGAACUCUUUGUUGGGAUACCAAUCUUUCCAGGAAACAGCGAGUACAACAUGUUGUAUAAGUGGAUCAACUUUUUGGGAUAUCCACCAAAGAAACUACUCGAUGCUGGAAAAAAGACGGAAAAAUACUUCAGGAGAAAGAGACCUGCUGAGAUGAAAGACAACGACGACGUCUGGAUAUUAAAAACGAAACGUGAGUUUGAAAGUGACAACGAUGUGUAUACAGAGCCGAAUCGAGAGUAUUUUGCAUAUAAAAGUCUCGAAGACAUUGCGAUGAAAGUUAAUUUUAGGGUCAGUGCGGAGGACGAACCAAGAAAAAUUGAGAUGAGAAGAGCUUUUCUGGAUUUCAUUCAGAAGUGCCUCAGAUAUGACCCCGAGAGUCGAAUGCGGCCCGAUCAAGCUUUGCAACAUCCUUUCAUCACAAAGAAGAGUCUGAGUGAAUACACGAUACAACCAUCUGAUGAACCCCUCAAAACUUUUCCGCCUGGGAGUCAAUUAAACAGCGAGGAUGUAUUAAAUAUGAUUGCGCCCAAUCCAGCAGCCGCAGCGAAGUUAAAGAGUAUGGGGUACAACGCGACAACAUAUUAUCAAGUGUAUGCCGAUGGACUCCGAAAAGGCAUUGUACUCAAUAUACUUAACUCUAAUCCGUUUGCAUUAAAUCCAAUGACUCCUCCUUCGCUGAUUCGCAUUUUUCAGAAGGAAAGUCUUGAAAGAUCGCCGAAGAAACUGUUAGAGAUGAAAGGCGGUGAAGGUGACAAAUUAGCACAGGCGCAAAUUCAGUUUAAACGAAUUGAGAAAAGCAUGGAAGAGGAUGUCGCCCAGAAAAGAGAGGGAAAAACACAGAAACUCAAAGCACCACAACCAAUCGAUAAACAAGGAAAGGAGGAACUUAACAAGAAAAGAGCGACGGACGGGUGGGGCGAACAAAAGGUUGUACAUGAAAAUGUCGAGAAGGAGAAGAGAGAGAACAAAGAAACGUUUUUGGGAUCCUAUGUUGCGGGUGUUGUUGUAGAGAAGAAAGAAGACAUGGGGAGCUGGAGCACUAAUGUUGGCAUGAUCGUGCCGAGGAAGAAUUGA